GUUAGCAACAGAUUCUUUAAGACCCGACACUUGUGAGGACUUGUUUGCACUGUGAGAUGGGGAAUGUGGAGAUUCAGCACCUCAAAGCGGUCCUGGACCACGUGUUGCAUUAACCUGCUGAGAGAGGCGUAGCCAUCAGCCAUCCUUUCCACGCCCACCCCCGUGACAUCACGCUCCAGCUCCAAAGCCCUAUACUGUUUCCACGACAGGCUGUACAUGAUCUGCAACAAUGUGCAUUAAUAAUUGAUAAGUCUACAAUAAUCAUUUUCACCCAUCUACGUGUACAUGUAGUGAGCUUAAGAUUCGCUCAGUUAACGCUGUUUUGUGCCUAUGCACGGUUCUUAGUGUUUCUCCCUGCGCUCGGCUACAGCGGCUGACACGAGAAUCAGGAAAUACAAGUCGGGUCAGCUCACUGCGUAGUUUCUUCGAGAAAAGGUCGAAGCAGGAAGCAGAAGCGACGGUGUGGCAGCUCGGUGACUGUGUGCAGACUCGGAGGGAUCGCACCGCCCGUUCUGUUUGCGUCCUCAGGCCGGAAAUGGCCUUAACAAAAUGGGUUUCGUAGGAAGGAUGUGUGCGCACACACGAGCCUGGGCAAAGCAGCGACUCUGAUGCUGCUCGGCUCGUGCUCGCUGUAACCGCGCGACUAUGGAGCUCGUGCAGCCGGGCUCCUCGGUCCUCUCCAGCACACCUCGUAUUCCCGCCGGACGCUGGAGCAGGUAGCCGGAGAGGCUGUGAGCAGCAUGCGGUCAGACGUGGAGUACAGCCCGGUGGGAGAGGGCCUGGGUAUGCGGGACUUCUGGCUGUACGUGUGGCUGCGGAGAGUGGCGGUGAUAGCGACUCAUGUCACCGGCCUGGGCCUGACGCUCGUCCUCUCCCUGCUGUCCAGACCCGGAACCAGUCUGUUCUCUUGGCAUCCCAUGUGUAUGUCUGUCGCUUACUGCCUGUGCAUGACCGAAGGUAUCCUGCUGUUCUCAGCAGAGGGAUCUCCCUUCUGCUUCAAAUCAUGGAAGAGUAAAGUCCGUCUCCACUGGUUCUGUCAGGCUCUGGUCCUGAUCGCUGCAGCCACUGGACUUGGGUUCAUUGUGGCCAGCAGGAAUGUGUCGGAGCUCCCACACCUGGCCUCCUGGCACAGCCUGCUGGGUAUGUGUACGCUGACCGCCACCGUGCUCCAAACGGCCUGCGGCAUCGCUGUGAUUUUCCCCAAGCUGCUGCGUCUCUCCUGCCCCUCGUCCAGACUGAAGCUGUACCAUGCCACCUGCGGCCUGGUUGUCUACCUGUUUUCCACCGUGACAGUGAUGUCUGCCAUGUUCACUGACUGGUUCCAGGCCACGGCGAAGGGGGUGGCGUGGUGGGCCUUCCUCAUCCUGCCUCUAUUCCCUGCCUUGGUGGUGAUGAGCCAGAUCACUAAUGCCUAUCUACCCCGCAAGAAGCUGACCAGCUAGGAACCAGCAGCAGGUGGCAGAGACAUCCAAAAGGAAUAAUGAAGAAAUAAAGAGUCUUCUUUAACUUGCACCCUUGCAAGGGUGGAAUUUAUCCCUGAGUGAAAUGUCUUUACCAGUCAUCACUGUUAGCAAGCAAGCUAGCAGCUGUGGUGUGGUGAGCUAUAUUUGUAUUAAACUACAACUGAAAUAAGGGAUUUUAGGGCGUAGCUUCUGGGAGAGGUUCUUUUUCCUUUUCUUCAUACCUCGAGUGCUACAAGUAGCUGGCAUCUAGUGGCCUGUAGAAGAACUGCAGCAUGAAACAUUAUAGGGUUGGUGUUUAAGUAUGGCUGCCGACUACUGUUGGAGUCCCACAGGUGGAGCUGGUGGACACACCUGGACUGGUUUUGUGUGUCUGCGGCUGUGGAGUCUCACUGCUGUUCACUGUGUAUGCUCGGUGAGACUGUGUGCAGCCUGAUGAACAUUUACUGCUGACUGUGUGAGAACAUGGAGCUACACCAGGUUAUACACCAACAUAAAAAUUCUGAUAUUUAUUGUUUCAUGA